AUGGACGAGAAAUCGGCCGCGCGGAUCGCCAAGUCCCGCGGAAAGAAUGACUCUUUCGCGAAGCGUGCCGACAUGGCAGCACGAAACAAUAAAGACCAGAGUGUAGGCAGCACGGAGGAGCCCUGCCAGAGGGGCGAAUCGAGUCAGAAGAAGGACGGUGGCGAGCAGGCGAAGUGA